CUCAGCGCCUUGGCAGGAAGUGGGGGGGCACGGGGCGGCAUUUUGGGUAGCAGGGGUGAAGGGGUGCAGCGCUCGGCCUCCCCCCGCUCUGGCACAUCCGCUGAGCGAGUGCAGGAAGUUGGGGGGGGGGCUCCCCCUUCUCAGAGCGCGCCCGCGGCAUCGGGACCCGCUCCGGCUGCACCCGCUGAUGGCUGGCCCGCGGUGGCACCCGGUGCUGCUGGCGCUGGCGGGGCCGGCGGCGGCCGGGGACCCCGCGGUGGCCCGCAACGACCGGGCGGUGGCCGCGCUGCUGGGGCUCCUGCUGUGCCUGGCGCUGGGGCUGGCGCUGGCCUGGCACCACCUGUGCCGCCUCUCGGCCGGGCGCUACCACCCCCGGCCCCUGGGCCGCCGGGCGCUGGAGCUGCUGCGGGGACAGUGGCACCGGCUGCGCGCCCCGGAGCACCCCGCCCUGGCCCUCGGGGACGGCGACCGGGAGGUGGCGGCCGUGCGGGGCGAGGAGGAAGAGCUGAUGCCCUGGAGCCUGGAGCGGCGGCCGGAGCAGGAUGAGCGGGAGGAGGAUGAGCAGGAGGAUGAGGAGGAGGAAGAUGAGGAGGCGGCCGAAGCAGCGGCAGAGGGCGGGGAGAGACCCCUGAGCGAGGGGGAGGUGGCGGGGGGCAGCGCCGAGGCCCUGCUCAGUGACCUGCACGCCUUCUCGGGGACGGCGGCCUGGGGGGACACGCGGCCACACGUCACCGCCUUGUGACAUCGUCUUGGCGUCACCACCCUUUGAUGUCAUCACCCUGUAAUGUCACCUCCCUGUAGGGGCACAUCCCUGUACUGUCACCUCCGUGUAAUGUCACCUCCCUGUAGGGGCACAUCCCUGUACUGUCAGCUCCCUGUAGUGUCACCUCGCUGUAUUGUCACCUCCCUGUAGUGUCACCACCCUGUCACCAAAGGGACCCCUUCUCUGUCCCCUGCCUGCCCCCAGCUGAGGCUCCUGAUUGGCUGCAGGGGCCUGAGCAAUAACCAAUAAAAGAGCAGCUAUGCCUGGA